UGUCCAUAAAGAUAUGAAAGUGCGCUAUUUUUAUGGAGAGAUUCAUGCUGCACAUUACAUUGAGUCACUCUCACGUUAAUGUAUUACAUUGAUGUGCACUCGACAUGUGUCGUUGAAAAAUGCCAUAGUAACCUCAAGUGAACUAUAAAAAUGAAAUAGGAGGAGAAUAUCUCAUAUUUUUCCCUGGGUGCUCAACGCCUAUACAGCCUACAGUUCAUGAUAGGCUAUUGUUAACAAGUUUGUGAAUAUUUUGAAUGAAAAAAAGGAAAAAUAAAAUAAAAGUGAUACAUCUGUCAUACAGGGCUACUGUGCCUGCUUGAUUUGUCUCCCCCCACUUUAAUAAUAAAUGUGCACAUAUUGUGAAUUAAUUUAAUAAACUUAGUAACCUAGCUUUCUUGGUAGCCUUCAGUAAAUUAACUUCUCUAAGAAAAAUAUUAAUAAAACAUCAGCUGACCAUAUAUUUAUUUUCAAUUUCAUAUUUCCAUAAUGAUAAAAAAAAAAUCAAGAUAAAGUUCAACCAAACAUUUAAAUUCAGUCAUCAUUUACUCAACCUCGUUUAAAUGAACCUCGAUGAAUGUAUACACUCACUUGAACAUACUCAUCAAUGCAUAUAUAAACUAUUAUUAUUUAUUUGUUUCUUUGGAUCUUUCUGUGUAAGUGUUUGUGUGUGUGUGUGUGUGUGUUUGUGUGUGGUUUUGAGAGGUGUGAUUUAGUUUGAGUACACUCAUUCUUCUCAAGGACUGUGAGUCAUUAGUCUGUGUCUCUCUUUUAAUUUCAUUUUACCUUUAGUGGGACUCAUCUGCUCUAAGCUGAAUUAACACAUUCACAGCAAAGUGUUUAAAGUGCUUACAUGGUGACAAGAAAUUGAGAUCCUGCUGUGCACUCUUUGUGUAUCUCAGACAGAGAUAGUUAGUAAUACCUAUAUAUUCUUUAAGGUGUCCACCACUGCAGAGAGAGAUGGAGAGCCGAAUUGAAUAUACUGAGUUAGACUCCUGCCCUCUUGUGUUUGUUAUAUACCAGUGCAGUGGAGCUUUAUCAUUUAAAGCAGAGGAACUGAUGUUCAGUACAUGCCUUGCAGAUAUUUACCUCAGAUCCAAAUGUCAAGAAUCUGCACCCUUAAUCUGUGUUUAAUCAUGUGUCAAAUUGAAGUGCAACUUUAAUGUGUAUUUUUCAAUGCGCUUUGUCACUUGAAAAACAGGAUGCAAGUUAUUUUUAUGAUCCCGCUGUUAAAGUUAAUUUCUGAUUUGCAUUCUAAUGCCAUACAAGGUCUAUGCAUUUCCCAAUACCCAGUGGGUAAUCUCAUUGGAUGCAUUGUGUUUUGACAUAUUCAAAUGUGGAUCAAAUCAUACCACAAACAUUCCUCAAAAGCAUACUGUAUUCUAGAUUGUGGUUUAAAUGACAGACCCGCUGCUUACAGCUGGCCUAAUAAAUGCACUGUUCCACUGUAGAGAGUAAGUCUUGAGGGGUGUUAUAUAACAACACAGGGUGUCUGUGCACAAGUGGAAAUUAUUAAAAUAAAUACCGCCAUGCCUUAUAUGUUCUACCUGCUACUGUUUAUACAGUAUGUGCGUAUUAAAUCCGGUGCAGUUAUAGUAUCAAGUAACCUCCAAAAUCUUCACCCUCUCUCAGUUCCUGCCUCUUCUUUUUGCUGUAUUAAAGAGAGAGAGGGAGAGAGGGAGAUGGAGAGAGAAAAGACAGAAAGAGAGAAUCCCCAUUCGGUGGUGUGCCUUUGCUACUGCUGUCAGCUGAAAUGCCUCAUCCAGCAACAAAGCGUAGCGUAUUUCUCCCUGCAUGCCUGAUGCCCAUGUGUGCAUAUGAAUCCCUAGCCCAGAGAGACCGAUACGGCAACCCGCCGCAAUGCUCUGCUGGGAGCGCAUACCGAGGGAUGUGAUCCGCUUCUGACUCUCUUCUUCCUCAUCUUGAUUUCCUUUCCUUAAGAAGCUUUGCUGCCACACCAAUCCAUAUGCCACACAAUACCUGCAAUGUUUUUUGCAUGUUAUUGUGCACUGAGGUCCAAUGUGAAGAACAGGCCUCCAGCGGUACAGGGCUCCCAGCACCAAAGCCACUCUCCAGCAUGUGUGAAUCCAGCCCUGAUGAGCUCCCCCUGGUACCGGUAUCAGGAUGAUGAUUCCCCUCCUCCAGAACACAACUUCCCGCGGCUCACCAAUGAAGUUCGAGCUCCGGAACUGGUGCACGUGUCGGAGAAGAACCUCUCAGAAAUCGAGAAUGUGCACGGCUACGUUUCCCACUCUCACAUUUCACCGCUUAAGCCUGCGCUGGUUACCCGGUUUGAUCUAACAUACCCGGGGGUGACCGCAGCAAACUACCUGGCAAGUCCUGCCCCAAUUAUUGUCAACACGGACACUUUGGAAUCUGUACCAUACGUAAAUGGGACAGAAAUUGAAUAUGAAUUUGAAGAGAUUACAUUAGAGCGGGGUAACUCAGGGUUGGGGUUUAGUAUAGCAGGCGGUACAGAUAACCCUCACAUCGGUGAUGAUCCCGGGAUCUUCAUCACGAAGAUCAUCCCUGGGGGAGCAGCGGCUGAAGACGGCAGACUCAGAGUGAAUGACUGUAUUUUGCGUGUGAACGAAGCAGAUGUCUCGGAGGUGUCUCACAGUAAGGCAGUAGAAGCUCUGAAAGCAGCCGGAUCGAUCGUUAGGCUCUAUGUGCGCAGGAGGAGACCGAUGCUGGAGACCGUCACCGAAAUCAAACUCAUAAAAGGACCAAAAGGGCUCGGCUUCAGUAUUGCGGGUGGUGUGGGAAACCAGCACAUCCCGGGUGAUAACAGCAUUUAUGUCACUAAAAUCAUCGAUGGGGGUGCUGCGCAGAAGGACGGACGGUUACAAGUUGGAGACAGACUGCUUAUGGUGAAUAACUACACUCUAGAAGAAGUGACCCAUGAAGAAGCAGUGGCCAUAUUGAAGAACACGUCAGAUGUGGUAUACCUAAAGGUUGGGAAACCCACUAGUGUCUAUCUCUCAGACCCCUAUGGGCAGCCUGAUAUCACACACUCAUUCUCGCCCGCAAUGGAAAAUCAUAUCUCUUCCCCCGGUAAUAACGGCACUCUGGAAUAUAAGUCCAGUCUUCCGCCCAUCUCCCCCGGUCGAUAUUCCCCCCUGCCCAGGCACUUGCUGGGGGAAGAGGACAUUAACAGGUUGGAUGGUUUUUCCUUCCUACGAAAUCCCUCGUUAGAUGAGAUGGAAGGUCACAGGUUUGAUUCCCAGCACUUCCAGUUGAGGCCUCCAGAGCCAGUUUACAGCACUGUGAACAAACUGAGUGACCGCGCCCCCUCUCCCCGUCUCUACUCCCCCGUGGAGUUUGAUAAAAGCCCCAUGCACUCAAUCCCCCACUUCCCUCACUAUCACGUAGGCCUGCUCCCUGACUCCGAGAUCACCAGGGAGCCCAGGAAGAUCGUUCUGCACAAGGGCUCGACCGGGCUGGGCUUCAACAUCGUUGGAGGAGAAGAUGGAGAAGGCAUUUUCGUCUCCUUCAUACUUGCAGGAGGGCCAGCAGACCUCAGUGGAGAGCUGCGGAGAGGAGACCAGAUCCUAUCCGUUAAUGGAAUCGAUCUGCGAGGUGCCACUCAUGAACAGGCUGCAGCUGCACUGAAAGGAGCGGGGCAGACGGUAACCAUCAUCGCCCAAUACCGACCCGAGGAACUUGCCCUGUGCUCCCCACGCCGGGCCCAGCCUCCAACUGCAGAAUACGGGCGGUUCGAGGCCAAAAUUCAUGACUUACGAGAGCAGAUGAUGAACCACAGCAUGAGUUCUGGAUCUGGAUCCCUCAGAACCAAUCAGAAACGCUCACUCUAUGUCAGGGCUCUGUUUGACUAUGAGAGAGCGAAGGAUAGUGGUCUGCCCAGUCAAGGUCUCAGUUUCCGAUAUGGAGACAUCCUCCAUGUCAUCAAUGCGUCUGAUGAUGAGUGGUGGCAGGCCAGGAGAGUGACGCCAGAAGGGGACAGUGAAGAGAUGGGCGUCAUCCCCAGCAAGAGGAGGGUGGAGAGAAAAGAGAGAGCUCGCCUGAAGACGGUUAAAUUCAACGCAAAACCCGGUAGCCUCGAUUCUAAAGGGUCAUUCAGUGAAAAACGUAGAAAGAACUUCAUCUUUUCACGCAAGUUCCCUUUCUACAAGAACAAGGACGCCGACGAGCAAGACGGCAGCGACUCGGAACGGAGUCAAGAGGAACUGAUCCUCUCCUAUGAGCCUGUCAUCAGACAAGAGAUUAAUUACGCCAGACCAGUUAUAAUCUUGGGGCCCAUGAAGGACAGAAUCAACGAUGACCUCAUCUCAGAGUUCCCGGACAAGUUUGGGUCAUGUGUGCCACAUACUACCAGACCAAAGCGGGAUUAUGAAGUGGAUGGGAGAGAUUAUCACUUUGUGAUCUCUCGAGAGCAGAUGGAGAAAGACAUCCAAGAGCACAAGUUCAUCGAGGCUGGACAGUACAAUGACAAUCUGUAUGGAACCAGUGUCCAGUCUGUCAAAUAUGUGGCUGAGAGGGGUAAGCACUGCAUACUUGACGUGUCUGGGAAUGCCAUAAAACGACUACAAGUAGCACAACUCUACCCCAUUGCCAUCUUUAUAAAGCCUAGAUCCAUUGAGUCCUUAAUGGAGAUGAAUAAGCGGUUGACGGAAGAACAGGCCAAAAAGACAUAUGACCGUGCCAUGAAACUGGAGCAGGAGUUUGGCGAGUACUUCACAGCGCUGGUUCAAGGGGACACACUAGAGGACAUUUAUAACCAGUGUAAGAUGGUGAUAGAGGAACAGUCUGGACCUUACAUCUGGAUUCCCUCAAAAGAAAAACUAUAAAAAAAAAUCACCUUACCCUGGUAGGGACCUUGGACUGCAAAAAACAAAACAAAAAAAAAACAUAGGAAUAAUUUGUAAUAUAAUAUAAAUUAUUAUUAUGGCAAUGUUUAUUGUUAACUCUUACAGUGAUUUUAUUUUGUUUGUUUGUUUGUUUGUUUGUUUAUUUUACGUUGCAUUUUUUCACUUUCAAUAUGAAUGUUCCUGAAUGUACACCACAAAGUGUUAGAAGCAUUUUUGGUCUCAACAGAAAAGUGGACUCUUUGUUUGUAUAUUUAUUGGUUAGCAUUUUAAUUUAAGGAAAAAUGGAAACAAAAUUUAGCGCUGAGUAUUCUUCUUCAAACAAUCAUCAGUUGGGAUUUCGAGCAGAAGGACAAAGAAGUAGGUCAGAUCAUCACGGAUGAUUUCCACGCACCAUCACCACCUCCAAGAAGAAAAAAAAAAUCUAUGUUGAUAUCAGCUUUUGUCACUUUUCACCCAAUCGGCUGGUUUCACACACCUCCCAGACUCAUUUCACAAACUCAGCAUCUAUGCACUCCUGUGGCUAACAACACACACAUUGAUUGUGUUCUCCUUUUUUUUGUAUUUGCAUUAUUUUGUUAAUUUUGUUUUGUACAGACAUCCAUUUUGUUUGAUUUAGUUCAAAUUGUACAUUAUUUCUAACGGAUCCUUUCAGAAAAGGAUUAAAAGAUGCUUUAGUUAGUGUAAACGGCUGAGGGGAUUCAACUAGCUGUAGGAUAUAUGACACUAUAUUUUGCUAUUUAUAUUGAUAGAGGACACAACAGCACAGAAAAUAUUUAUAAAGAUGAUAUAUAACUUUGUCUAAAGAAUCAUUUUGGAAAAGAGCUUUUAUUGGGACUGGUGUAUCAUCUUGUGUCAUUGCUGUUGUGCUGGUGAGAAUGAAAGGUAAUGAGUGCAUGUUUUCCCUGAACAAAACGCCCCCUUAUCCGUCCAGUUCCUCUAAAUCUAAACCGACUGAGAGUUCUGAAAUCUCUGGAACUCAAAGAACUUUAAUUGGCUGAGGAUUAUAUUGUUUGAAUUGAGUGCGUUUCAGCUUUGUUCAGUCUGGAUAACAGGAAGGAGCUCGAUGUUUGCGAAUCAUUCAUUGAACGGCUGUUCGGUCGCGGCCUCCCUCAAGCACCCUCUAAAGUGUUUACAGUACCUCAACUACAGUUCAGAGAGAAAUUGAGGGCCAAAGGGACAAGGUCUGCAAGCGGUCCUGUCUUAAAAGCUUUUACGUAAAUGUAGUAUAAAGAUCUCGGAAUCAUUUCAGUUUGUUGUUUUUUUCCAUUUUGGCAUGCUCUACACUCGUGGCUUCCUGUCCACUCAUUCACAAUGCAUACUUCGGUCAUUCGUGCCCUUUCCAUGUCUAGUUGAGAGAGAUUCCCGUCCUUCUACAUUAAUAGUACAGCUCUCGCCAUUCGUGGAAACUACAAAUGCCAAAAGCCAUUAACUCUGCUCACUCGUUUCAAAUGUGGGGGGGAAUUAUUUGUUGCAAUAUUUAUUGGGAGAUGUUACAGCACGGUUCUGUGGCAAGAGUCUUUUGACCUACUGGUCACCACUUGCCUUAAAAAAAGGGAAGAGGCUUUUCGGGCCAGAUAGACAUUUUUUACGCUUUCUUGAAGACUGAGCACUUUUGUAUAUUUGAGAAAUUAUUCACAGAUUGUGUUCAACCAGGUAGUGGACACAGAGGGGGAUUUUCAGAAGAGAGGGACUGAAUAUCACAGUGAAGCUCUUCAGGGUGUAAUAUGAAAUUUCUUUGAAUAACAAUAGAUAAUGUAUACGUUAUUACGACAAUGUAAACCAUGGACGGCAUCAGUGACUAUCAGAAUAUAAAUUGAACAUUUUAAAUGCUGUGAAAUAAUUUUUUCCUCUUCUACAUACAUGUGUACUUUUUCUUUCUCCUUAUUCAGUGUGAUUGUUCUAUCAUCUGUAGCAUAUCAUUUUCUAAAUUUAGUUCUAAAUGCACACGAUGGAUCGUAAAAGCAUCUCACAGGAUUUAGGAUACCCUUCAUGUCAAAAUAUUUGCUUUUAAAUCUAUUGGUAUGAUUAUUAGGUAAUCAAAAGUGCAUCUCAAUUACUGAUGCAGUGGCUUUAAUGAAAAUCAAAACCCUGCAGAUUGUACGCACUUGAACGAGGCUCUCCGAAGCCUCAUGGUGCUCAUAGUCUGAUUUGGUCCAUUAAUUCCAAGUGAAUGUUCAGCUUAGUCAAACAUGCUGAAAUGGGGUUGUUUUUGUCUCAGGGUUGCCAGAUAGGGCUUAAUCACUGAUAUUAAACCUUCAGAUCAAAGUGCAUCUGUUUAUCACCUAAAUCUCAAAUGUUUUAUUCCUGAUACCUGCGUUGCAUUUAGUCUAUUCCUUUGUUCUGGAACGUCUGUGUCCGGUGAGUUCGCUUUGUGAUUUAUUUAUCCCCAAACGGGCGAUGCAAAAUAUUUUCCACGCAUUGUUUUUUUUUUAUUUAUUUUUUUUCUUUCUCCCUGAAACCCAAAUGAUAUGUGCAAUUUUGUAUAUAAAUAUCUGUUUGCACUUAUUGUAGUUGUAUAGGAAAUCUUUAAUUAACACUGUCCCCAAACCUCUCUGUUUUUUCUAUUUAUAUCACAGGAGAUUAAAGUUAAAUUAUUAAACACUUACAUCCCC